AGCUGAUGUCUGUUGGAAAAAACCUAAGAUUAUUAAAGCCAAUUAAUGCGAACCGGAAGUGAGAAAUGAGAGAAGGGAGAGAUGAGGAAGACAAACUAACUAAUCAGUCAGGUUCAGGAAAGCCCCCAGUGACAGCUCGUUGUGUAGACUGAAGAGUGGAAGAAAACUUCACACCCCUUUGGAGAAGAUUGACAACUUUAUUAUCAACCUAAGAUGGAGGGGCUUUACAUCAGACACAUCGAGGUUCUAGGAUUUGAGAAAAGAUUUGUCCCAAACCAACAUUACGUUUACAUGCUGAUGGUGAAAUGGAGUGACUUGACGGAAAAGCUCAUCUAUCGGAGGUUCUCUGAAAUCUAUGAUUUUCAUAAAAUGCUGAAGGAGAUGUUUCCUAUUGAAGCUGGAGAAAUUGAUUCCAAAAACAGGACUCUACCCCAUUUACCAGCUCCCAGAUGGUUAGAGGGUCACAAGGCCACAGAGAACAGGCAAAGUACUCUUUCUGACUACAUCCAGUCCUUGGUCAACCAACCGCCAAAGAUCUCCCGCUGCCAGUGGAUUCUGAACUUCUUUCAGGUCCGCCCUGACGAUGUGGUCCUGCCAGAUCCACACCCGACAAAAAAGACAGAAACUUAUUUGUUGACAAAAGAUAAAGCAAAAACAAGCAUGUCCGCAAUCACGGGUCCAAUUUUACUCCAAACCUAUCGCUCAAUCGCGGACUAUAAGAAGAAUUCCAAAUACGAAAUGAAUGUUCAGACAGGAGACACUGUCGAGAUUGUGGAGAAAAGUGAAAAUGGUUGGUGGUUUUGCCAAAUGGAAGGUAAGCGUGGCUGGCUGCCAGCCUCUUUUCUCGAACCCCUUGAAAGCCCAGAUGAGAGUGACGAGCAAGAUCCCAAUUAUGAAGGUGAGCCGUAUAAAGUCACGAGUAGCUACACUGCUGUUCAGGAGGAUGAGAUGACUCUAGAUGAAGAUGAACUGGUUGAUGUAAUUCAUAAGUUGCUUGAUGGUUGGUGGGUGGUAAGGAAGGGUGACGUUACAGGGUAUUAUCCCUCCAUGUAUCUCCAGAAGGCAGGCACAGCUCCAAAGUCUGGAUUCGCCACAAACAAAAAGAGCCUCCCUCCACCACGAAGAACGACUAUACGGAAUGCACAGAGCAUCCAUAAAACAGAACGGAAGCAGAUCAGCCAGGAUGUGUACAGGCGCAAUAGUAAACGCUAUCUCCAACAGAAGAACAGGAAUCAACCAGUCAGCAAUAAGAACGUGUGGAAACAGAACCAUGACCCAAGGAAGCCAGAGAAAUCACAGGACCCAGGUGCUAAUGACCAAGACAAAGACAGGCAGCAGGAGAAGACAACUCCAGUGAUUCCUCCGAGACCUACACUCAGUGAGAUCAUGGAACACUGCACUGAGCAAACCAAAAGCAGAAUAAAAUGAAUGCAAUUGCUGAAAGGGGAGAAACAGAAAAUAUUGGCUCUACGUGGGAGGUGUGAUGAAGGAAAUCUGUCCAGUCUGCCUCUGUGCUUACAAUUCCUGCAGUAAACUAUGUAGAACCUACAAUACAACUUCUCCAUUCCAAUAUUAGUACUCCACUGCCUUAAGUUCCUUCUGUAUCCAUCUUCUCCAUUCUCCCUUGUCUGUUGCAAUAAAACAUAUAUAGAGAACUGCUCAAUA